CUCCGCCGGGCGCCGCGCUCUGCCCGGCCGCCGCGGGGCCGCCGCCAGCCAUGUCCCUGCCCAGAGAUUCCAAAGGAUCCUUGGAGCCGCACAAACCAGCGAAAAGCAAGAAGAAACGGGAACUGAGGAUAACAUGUGUCCCCAUCAAACAGCCCGUUGCCAACACAACGCCCCCGAGGAACUUGGACUCCAGAGCGUUCAUUACCAUCGGAGAUAAAAACUUUGAGGUGGAAGCUGAUGACCUGGUGGCAAUUUCAGAGCUGGGCCGUGGGGCCUACGGCGUGGUGGAGAAAGUCCGGCACGCGCAGAGCGGCACCAUCAUGGCCGUGAAGAGGAUUCGAGCGACUGUGAACACUCAGGAGCAGAAGAGGUUAUUGAUGGACUUGGACAUCUCCAUGAGGACAGUUGAUUGCUUCUACACUGUCACCUUCUACGGAGCCCUCUUCCGUGAGGGCGACGUGUGGAUCUGCAUGGAGCUCAUGGACACCUCCCUAGAUAAAUUCUACAAGAAAGUACUGGAGAAGAAGAAAACCAUCCCUGAAGACAUUUUGGGGAAAAUGGCCGUGUCUAUUGUACGAGCUCUGGAGCAUCUGCACAGUAAACUGUCCGUAAUCCAUAGAGAUGUGAAACCUUCGAACGUGCUGAUCAACAAGGAGGGACAUGUGAAAAUGUGCGACUUUGGGAUCAGUGGCUACUUGGUGGACUCGGUUGCAAAAACCAUGGAUGCUGGCUGCAAACCAUACAUGGCUCCAGAAAGAAUAAACCCUGAGCUGAACCAGAAGGGCUACAACGUGAAGUCGGAUGUCUGGAGUCUGGGGAUCACAAUGAUCGAACUGGCCAUUCUUCGCUUCCCGUACGAGUCCUGGGGGACCCCGUUCCAACAGCUCAAGCAAGUGGUGGAGGAGCCCUCGCCCCAGCUGCCCGCUGAUCGCUUCUCCAAGGAGUUUGUGGACUUCACGGCACAGUGCUUAAGGAAGAACCCCGCUGAGCGAAUGAACUAUUUAGAACUUAUGGAACACCCUUUCUUUACCUUGCACGACACCAAAGAGACUGACAUGGCCUCCUUCGUGACAGAGAUCCUCGGGGAAGACUCCUAACUUAAACCUCAUGGCUUCGUGCAGUCCCCUCCAUCCUGGCUUCCCUGCAGAAGAGCAAAUGAGGACUUGAGUUAAUGGUGGUUUGCACAAAUCGCACUUCCCCCAACCCGUGGGCAUCUCUGGCCCCAUCUGGCCUCGCAAUCUCUUUUUCUCUUUGCCCUCUAAACGAAAUCCCCCAGGAUGAGCCUUCUGAAGCCAACACCUUUCCAACUAAGCCACGGAGACCGAAGGCUCGGGAGU